AUGGAGGCGUUAACCAUAGGCUUUUUAGAGGACUUCUAUGACUUAGGACACCUGUUGGGGAAAGGGGGGUUUGGAAAGGUUAUACUAGGAAUGGAUAAAGAAAGUGGCGAGGAAGUGGCGAUCAAGUUGAUCCCGCGGAACAAAUGUGACGACUCGGUUGUGUCCGAAUGCAA